UAAAGAGUCGUAUUUACCUUUUGUGUUCUUCACUACAAAACGAUUUAUCUUCUAUUUAUAAAAAAUUUGGAAAAUAAUGGAGCUGCAAGAGUCACCUGAAGUAGAAGAAUUGAAUGAGAAAAUAAAGACUAGACGAGAAGCUCGAAGGAGAAAAAUCCUUGAAAAUGCCAAGAGCAGGUUGGAGAAGCUAAGUAUGAAGCAAUCUGGUGGCGGUGAUACCGAAUUGAUAAAUGAACGUUCGAAUUUCCUAACACAGGAAACUUGUGAAUAUUCCGAUCCUGAAGUUGAACCAGAUAUUCCGGAGCAUUUACAAAUGCCAUUUCGCCAGUUUGAAACCACAUUCAGGGGGUUUGAUGAUACCAUAAAUCACUCGGAUCUUCAUGAAAAAGAAAAGCCGUUUAUAAAGUAUAAAUUGCACGUCGUAUUAGCAGUGACAAUCGCUUACAUUGCGUCCUUAAUUCUAAAUGUAAAUGAGGAAAGGACGUUUUACGUGAUUAUACCGGUGACGUUGGUGAUUAUAUGUGAUCUCACAAUUUUCCAACAAAGGCAGCAAAAUCCGAUGAUUCAUAUGUUGGUACUUUUUGGGAUAAGAUCUCAGGAAAUUGUUCACGCGUUAAGUAUGGCGGGUAAAAUACAAAAUAUUGUGACAGAUUUAUCAAUCUUCAUAUUUUAUUUUUGCAUAGCUACCUGCUUUGGCAAUCAAUUUGUCCGUUUAGCCGAUAUUAAAUAAAUGGCAAAGUUUAUAAACCUUUAUAAAAAUUU